ACUGGCUCCCCCAUUUGUUCUAUUAUUGCAUUUUCUCUCUAUUAAUCUCUCUCAUUAUAACACAUCCAUCUUCACAAGUAAACAAAGCAAAGCAAGCGAGAUAAAUAGCCAGUGAUUUCUGAAGCCAAGGGAGAGAGAAACAUGUUGAAGACUGAGCUGUGCCUUGGAUUGCCUGGGGGAGGUGAAGCAGCUGGAGAGAUUGUCAAGACUUCUGGGAAGAGAGGCUUUUCUGAGACGGUUGAGCUGAAACUCAACCUCCAGGGUGAUGACUCAGCCCUAGAUCUCAAACAUGACAAGACCAAGGUUUCGUUGGAUCAGAAGAACAAGGAUCAAGUCUCUAGGCCACCUGCCAAGGCUCAAGUUGUAGGUUGGCCACCAGUGAGAUCUUACAGGAAGAAUGUAAUGGCUGUGCAGAAGAACACCACUGAGGAGAAGACUGAGAAGUCUGCAGCCACCGGAAACAGCAUGAUCGGCACGGCAGCUGCAUUCGUCAAGGUCUCCAUGGACGGCGCGCCUUAUCUUCGCAAGGUGGACUUGAAGAUGUACAAGAGUUACCAAGAACUCUCUGAUGCCUUGGCCAAAAUGUUCAGUUCCUUUACCAUGAGUAACUACGGGUCCCAAGGAAUGAUAGAUUUCAUGAAUGAGAGCAAGCUUAUGGAUCUGCUCAACAGUUCUGAGUAUGUGCCUAGCUAUGAAGAUAAGGAUGGCGAUUGGAUGCUCGUCGGUGAUGUUCCAUGGGAGAUGUUUGUUGAUUCAUGCAAGCGUCUGCGCAUAAUGAAAGGAUCAGAAGCCAUUGGACUUGCACCAAGAGCCAUGGAGAAGUGCAAGAGCAGGUGCUGAUAAACUAAGGCAAGCAUGCCGAAAGUGACCUGGUUGAUAAUUAUUGCUGAAGCAAGUAGCGAACAUGGAUCUAUAAAGCAGGAUUGUUGUUUGGAUGUGUCUGUUAUUUUUAAUUUGACAGUAUAUAGCUUAUAUUAUUAUAAAGUUUGGGACAUUUUUAGUGGACAAGAAGCAAUAAACUUUCUCAUUGUCUGCCUUGUUCAUUUUUAAUGCCUUGCUCCAGCUAAAUAAUCCUUUCUUUUUCCCUUUCUUUCAUACUUGUUGUUUGCUCUCUGAGUUUUUCAUCCUUGAAUUAAAGUGUUUGUUUAUUUUCAUU